AGGUCAACAUUGGAUAAACUGCGAUUCCCCAGUGGGCUCAGGGUGUCUACAGUAAUGACUCAACUGCAGAGAGUCCCAGGGAUCUAUUAAAGUGAGCGGCCGGGUGCAGGAGGAGGAGGAGGAGGACUAGUGAGACUGAAAAGUCUGGACAAACAUACGUCCGUGAGUCUUGUGCCACCAAGUCACUUCCGAGACACAUCCAAGCACUCCUGGUCUGAGAUGAACGCAACUCUGAGCUUCCGGGCCGCUAUGAGCUUGUCAUUAUUGGUCUGCAAUACUUUCCUGUCUGGCGCCCCCAAGGCUGCACAACAGUCCCUCCUCAUCAUGCAACACGUCUUACAAUAAAGACCUCAAAGAAACAACGCUGUGUUUCUUGCAUUUGCCACAUUGGUGACCCCGACGUGAUGUUUCACGCAGAAGAGGAAGCGGUGUCUUCAUCGGCCAUGUCGCCCCAACUCCAGCAACCUGCAACCCCCGCGGGGACAAAGCUUCCGGAGUUCUGGCAGAGCGACCCGGCAUCAUGGUUCCAGCACAUCGAGGCACUUUUCCACCUGCGAGGAAUCGCCGGCGACGACUCCCGGUAUUACUUGGUCGUAACAGCCCUUGACCAGGCGACCACUCGCCGCGCCAUGCAGCUGUUGCGAACGCCUCCACAGCGCGGCAAGUACGCUGCACUCAAGAAUCUUCUGCUUCGGAGAUUUACUCUAACUGACGCUGAGAGGGCAGAUAGACUUCUUUCCCUGCCCGGUUUGGGCGAUAGCACCGCCUUGGAUCUGAUGGACAGUAUGCUGUCGCUGCUGGGCUCCGAGGAGGGCGGGUUCAUUUUCCCGCAUCUUUUCUUGCGGCAACUACCACCUGCGGCCCGUGCGGUGUUGGCUAACUCCGCUUCUCUGGCCUCCGGCGACUACCGGGGCUUGGCUGAAGAAGCUGACCGGGUGCUUCUGGCUUCCAGACGGUUUGCCAUGCAGAGCGUAGAAGCGCCCCCCCUGCAGACGAUGGAGAACUCGGACCCAGCAGUGGUGGCGGGAGUCGCUACCCGCAAAAGGCGCGAAGCGAGCCAGUGCUUCUUCCAUCAACGUUUUGGCGCCAAAGCUCAACGGUGUGUCCCUCCAUGCUCCUUCACGGCCCCGGGAAAUUCCAACGCCAGCGUUCAGUAGCAGCUGUGGGCGCCGGCGAAGCAAGUGAGCUGCUCUUCAUCGCUGACUCGUCGUCAAGGAGACGUUUCCUGGUGGACUCCGGUUCGCAAGUCAGCCUGUUACCGGCCACGGACGCGGACAGGGCGACAGGUGGCUGCGGGCCGCUGCUGAAUGCCGCCAACGGCUCGUCGAUCGACACUUUCGGCUCCAGGUUGUUGACCGUGUGCUUUCAUGGACGCAAAUUCCAGUGGGACUUUA